CCAAACUGUUCCCCCAAGCCGCCGUACCUUCCUCAACAUCAGUCACGCCCUUCAUCCUCUUCCUCAUUCCUGGCCGCCAACUGACUGCCUUUCCUCUCGCCUGAAUGACUACAAGUCCUGCCCGUGCCCAUAUCGCCUGAACAAACCUUCGCGCUUCUUCCAUUUUGUCGUCUUUCACCCUGCGAUUUGCGUCCUGCGAUACUUCGCCCACUCGGUCGCCCAGCUACCCAUGUCUUGCUAGUCCGGCAAUCUCCUGUCCUCCCGGCUCCGACCGACCCACUACGGACCGGUAAUUGAACUGCAUCAACCUUGCCCCCUUCGCUUCGUUGUCCGGAUUUCUCUUCGUCCGAAGACAUCAAUCUAGAGGCCAACGCCCCCAUCUGCGCCGGCCUGAGGCUUAUUCGGUCGAGGAACGGCUCAUACUUUGGUGGACUUGGACUCGGGUCGAGUCAAGCACCUCUUCGCCACGCAUUGAACAUAGGAAAGGUGGUUGGGUAUCAAGUUUAGGUGACCUUGGUUCAAUCUUGAGUUGGUUACCCUCCUCUCUUUAUCCAUCAAAUGAGCCCAUCAGCACUAUAAGGUUAUCACCUCAUUUCGGGCCAGUGCCUAUUGACUUGAUACUAUACACAUGCGUUCUUCUAGUCAAUACAACAUGUGCCUAACGCCAUGCGAAUAGUUCCCAGUUGGAGUCAUCAGGUCUAGUCGGUUCCUACCAAAUUUCCGCCGAGCUCUGGUCGAUGAAAGCCUGCCUCAGACUAUAAUCAUGGAUCCUACGAAGCAAAACCAGAUGGCUUCUAUGCAUGGCUCAGACACACGAGCCAGUAUGGAUAAGACGACAAAUCAGGGCUUUCCUCCCCAAAAGACGGCACCAGUGCCAUGGGCAUUGAUGAACUUCUACGGAAGUGACAACCCACAACCAUGGGUUCCUGCCGGAAUCUUUCCCGACUCUCAUCAAACUCAGCAAUUGAAUGUCUCAGGCGAUCCUCGGCGCCGCAAUCAGGCUCACUUCGGGGGCGGAUGGAGGAGCCCUCUCGCUUCAGAAUGCGGUACCGUACCACAAUACUUGCCUUCAGACUCUGGUUAUGAGAGUAGGACCAAGCAUAGCGUUGAUAACGCAUCUGUCUUCAACGAUGUGGACCGAAGUCAAGACACUCACAGUAUCUCGGGCCAACUGUUGGACUUUCAACUGGGCCCAACGCCUGCCGAGUCUCACUGGAACCUAGGGGCUACUCCCAUGUCAGUGACACAUCAUGGAGCGGCCGAUAAUAAGCUGGUUUGUGACCACUGCCGUGCUAUCUGCAAGACCAAGUCGGAAUUGAACAAACAUCACCAGCGUCAUCAGAAAGCCUUCAAGUGUGAUGUUCAAGGAUGUACCCGUGCAGAGGGGUUUGGCACCCAAAAUGACCUUGAGAGACACAAAGGAAGUGUGCACCCCGAGCUCUUCAACUCGGGUCCGCGAUAUCGCUGCCAUAAAGGAACAUGCUCAGCGAAGAGCAAGAUAUGGCCGAGAGCCGACAAUUUCAGGCAACACCUGAAGCGGGUGCAUAGUAUCAUUCUGAAUCCCGAGGAUGAUCUUAGCGAAUAUGUUGUCCAAAGCACCCAGAGGCCAUUGGGAGAAACGUAUCACCAAAGUACACAAGACGUCCUUGAAGGUGUGGGCGUGGGCUCGGAGGUGUACUACCAGGCUCCUUCUAUUGCCUGGGGCGAUAGUACAUCGCCAAUGUAUGACGAUGUUCAACUCUCCCCUCAGCAUCCAGGAAAUGGCUUGGAGAUCAGCCUCAUCGACCCGUCCUUGACGCAGAUUGGCGGCUCAGCGCGAGACGUCUGUCUUGAAUCAUCCAUUGCGGAUAAGGCCAUUCCCAACUCCCCAUUGCACGAAAUUGAUGGCCAAUCGGUCUGCGACAGCCCUCAAUCUCACCACCAAUAUGUGCAGCCUGGAGAAGUUUCGAAAGCGCCAUCUCCAAGGACCAUGAUUGGAGAGCGGAUGAUCCAAAGAUCCAACUUCAGUCGCGAAGGCAAUUCCGCGAGCGUUCCUGCCGCCAUGGAUUUGAAUAUGAACCUCAAUACCAAUGGAUCAAGCAGAGCCCGCAACGAGAUUUUCGAGACCUCUCCGAUAGACCCCUUGAAUUCCGAGAUCACUAGCACUAACUCGAUUCCUUGUGCUUCGGACGAGACUAUUCUGAGGAGCCAGCCUGCCAACAAGGAUUCGGCCCAGGGGGAGCAAAUCUUCAACCAGCCUCUUCCCGCAUCUCCAAACAAGAGUAUGAGUGAGCAGGCCAUGCUUGAGUUCCUCUCAAAGAUGCCUCAAAACGUCAUUGAGACAUUUAUAAAGGCACGGAUGGAAACGCCUCUUCAGAAAUCCACACCGACCACAAACGGCAGUGCUGACGGCCAGCAUCGGUGUUCGGACUCUGCCUGUGAUAAAGUGUUCAACCGCAGGUGUGAACUUAAGAAGCACAUGAAGCGCCAUGAAAAGCCGUAUGGAUGCACUUUUGCCGGUUGCAAAAAGAAGUUCGGCAGCAAAAAUGACUGGAAACGUCACGAGAACAGCCAGCAUUUCCAGCUUGAGGUAUGGAAGUGUUCCGAAGGACGGUCUGAAGGCGACAAUGAGAGUUGUGGCAAGGUUUGCCAUCGUCGGGAAACUUUCCGAAGUCAUCUUCAAAAGGAACACAAGAUGGACGACUCCUCCAAUAUCGAGAAGGUCCUCGAGGAGUGUCGCGUUGGACGAAACGGAGAACCAAAGUUCUGGUGUGGCUUUUGUGUCAAGAUCGUCGACAUCAAAAAGAAGGGUACGAACGCCUGGGGCGAAAGAUUCGAUCAUAUUGACAACCACUACGCUGGACGUGAGGGCUUAGUCAAGAAGGACCACUCCCAGUGGGUAGCUGUCGAUCCUGACUCGCCAGACGUCGACCUCACCGGAUCUUCGGACGACUUGAGCGAUGCAGACUCGGCCGAUGACAUUGUUGUCAUCUCUGGCUCACGAAAGUCGACGAUCAAUGGAAGAGGUGUCAAUCGUCAGUCAAGAAAGAGAGGCCUGGACGAUGGCGCCGAGCAGCCCAGCCGUAAGCGGAUGACAACAUUCAUGUGGGAAUGCUGCUCGUGUAAAUGGGACGCAGACCAUAAAGUGCAUUCGGCUUGUGUGAAUUGCUCUCACGUGCGUUGUGGUCAAUGCAGUGGGAGGUGGGUUGAGAUUCAGGAAGACAGGGACGCCAACAGCACCGGCGACAGCUCGAACCAGGUGUAGAGACAUUGGAAGUCCAUGAAUACAACAGCAAAAAGCGACCCCUAAGAGGCAUGCGCUGACCCAAUGUUUUGUAAUGGAUGACAUGGAGUUAUGAUGGUAAGGCAAAGGAUGACAUGCGAUGGAAGUGCUCCACGAUGGACAAUGAUUCCCCUUUUUUGCUUCGAUUUGGCCAGGCUCCAAACUUUGGGACUGAUGUUUGGCUGCGUUGGAUUUUCAAGUUACCUCGUUAUAGUAGAGAAGAGGGGAUGACAUAAAAUGGCGUCUCGGGUAGCGCCUAUCAACAAGCAAUGAUUUUCUACCUUCAAUGUCACAGUCAGCAACUUAUCAAACGUUGCACCCUUCACCCAUGCCGAG